UUUUUUUUUAGAAUAGACAGUACUGAUGGUUCAAAGAAGACCACAACCACAAAUUUUAAGGUUUCUUAUGAAAACCAUUGUCUUUAUUGUUGUUCAUCAAUUGAAAAACGUAAAGGUGGCUGGACGUAAUUGCCCAAUGGCCACAACGACUAUUAAAUAUGUGCCCCAUUGCCCAAUGAAUAAGGCAGAUUGGGAGACAGCUGCAACCAAGAAAAAUUGUUCUAACAUGAAACAAAACUGUGUGAGAAAAGAAGAUUUUCAAUACCACUGUGUAGUGAAUUCUUGGAUAAAUGCAACUAUGGAAGUUUGUUCCCCUACUUGGUACUGCAUGGGAUUUUGUGCAGAAUUCAACAUUCGAGGAGAACGAAUCCAAGACAACUUCAACGCUCCCUGUACUUCGUUGACUAACCCCUGUCCUGCAAGAUAUUUGUCAUCAGAAUCAUACCUUUACAUUCUGGACUUCAAGAAAACACCGUUUUGACCAGACCUACAAUUGCUGCAAUUGCAAUUAGUUCUGUUGUGACAAUAAUAUUGAUUAUCACGGCAGCAUUUUUUUUCCAUCAGAGAAAAUCAGGCAAAGAAAAUGAAGGCAGUGGUCUUAGUGGACAAGAAGAAAACAAUGCAAUGCUUAAACUACAAUUUUCCCAUAAUAUAUGACGUGAAAUUUAGAAUUUUUCUAUGAUUCGUAGAAUUUUUCAGAAUAAAGUCUUCAUAUAAACUUUUUUCCUAAAAAAAAACUAUUUUUCUUUAUAAUUAUUAUAAUCUUCAUUAUCGUCUUCU